CCAAGAACAGAAGAAGCAUCUAGGAGCAUCUGAAACGAACAUUUGAAAUCUACUGUUCAUCAAGAACAACAAAAAUGACUGGAGCUGCCGUAUCUGUGUGCCUACUUUUUGUCCUGUCUGUAUGUUCAGCAUGUUACAUCUCUAACUGUCCUAUUGGUGGGAAGAGGUCCAUCAUGGAUGCACCACUGCGCAAGUGCAUGUCUUGUGGCCCCGGAGACAGGGGCCGCUGCUUCGGCCCUAGCAUCUGUUGUGGGGAGGGCCUCGGCUGCCUGCUGGGAUCCCCAGAAACAGCUCACUGUGUUGAGGAAAACUACCUGCUCACCCCCUGCCAGGCAGGAGGCAGAUCCUGUGGAUCUGAAGGAGGACGCUGCGCUGCCUCAGGACUUUGCUGUGAUGCAGAAAGCUGCACCACAGACCAAUCCUGCCUUAUUGAGGAGGAAGGGGACGAUCAAACCAGCCAGUUUGAGGCCAGUGACCCCGGUGACAUCAUCCUCAGGCUCCUGCAUUUGGCUGGUCACACAUCUCCUCAUCGAAUGCACCAAUGAGCUGCUUCUGACACCAAGUUCUCAUGGGAAACUCUUCAGACGUAGAGACAAAAUGGGUCUUGUAGUUGUAGUUCA